CAACGGUUGAGUUUCGGUUUUGAUACGUCAUUAUUCUACUUGUGCACAGGAAGAGGAACAAGGGGCUUUUGUUGGGCUUCAGAUUAAACGCAAAUCCGUGUGCAUGAAAACGUCAUUGUUCUGUACGAUCUUUUAAAUCAUGAAACGCGGACUGUUCACUAUCAUUGGGGUCACAGCUGGGGCAGUUGGUGCGGUUGCAUUGGCCCCUGUGGCGCUCACCAUGGCUGGAUUCACCUCUGCUGGUAUAGCAGCAGGGUCUCUGGCUGCCAGCAUGAUGUCAUCAGCAGCCAUCGCCAACGGUGGUGGUGUGGCUGUGGGAAGUUUGGUCGCACUCCUCCAGUCUGCAGGUGCUGCUGGACUGUCUGCAGGUGCGGCGGCAGCUGUGGCAUCUGUGGGUGGAGCAGCAGGUGCUGUAAUAGGUGGAGCUGCAGAUUUGUUCUCUCGUUCCAGGAGUCCACCUUCACAUGAGGAGGAAGAUGAUGGAAAUGAAGAAGAAGAAGAGAUAGAGAUGCUCUUUUUGGAGUCCAAAGACCUUGUGCCAAAAUAAGGACUUCUGUUAAUAACAAUGUAUUUGUUUGAGCACUUUGUAUUUGUGUUCAUGUCGGUCAUGAUUGAAGAUAACUCCUUUUAUUAAUCAACUAAAAUUUUGUAUUUUGCCAGAUUUCAAAGUAUUACCUUUUAAGUAUGAGUGCAAGAAAUUGUAAUUAAAAGGAUUUGUGUCCUUGAAUGUCAUACUUAAAUCUUUACAGCAGAAUUUGGAUUCGUCAGAUAUUUAAACUCAUUUGCUACCUGCCAUUUUUUUUUCGCCUGCUGCAAUCUGACCAGCCCUCGACAUUUCAAGUUAGUCUUUUGUAAAGCUUCUCUCAUCAAUGUUUCUUUCACAUAAUUGAACUAAAUAAAAAUGUAUAGGCUAUGCAGUAAGCAAAUAAAUGAUGAAUCAGAACAAUAUGAUAUAUUUGCCUUCCUCCAAUGUUUGUCUAAAGUUCUGCUCCAUUUGUGGUUUUGGUUUCCUUUCUUGAAAAGCAUCCUCCAUCUGAGCUAUCAAGGUGAAUAACCCAGAAUUUAGAACAAAUCAAGAAUAUACUGAUUGGAGUUUUUUUUUUUUUUUUUGGACUAUUCCUUCUGAAAAAAAAAAAGAAUAUAAAGUAUAUCUGACAUUAUUUCAAAUGACCAUUUUUAUCAGGCUUCAAUGUUGAAGUUGAAUAAUUUCACUUAAUUUACAUUAAAAAGGUUAUUUUUGUCAGUAAUUGAAAUGCCUUUUUAGGAGUUUAGCUGAUAUUCCUAUAUAUGUAUACAUUUAUCUAUAAAUGUGUGUGUGUGCUAGUCAUGUUAUUUCAACCAUUUACCAUUUUAGUGUUAAUUAUUUCUGGAUAUCCACUGGCUUUUGUGUGUGUGUGUGUGUGUGUGCGUGCGUGCAGUGGGUGUUGAACUUAAAUUUGCAUUGUGAUGAAUCUUUCAUUUUCUGAAAAAAAAAAAGGCUUCACCAAGACAUUUAAAAUUCCAGCUCUCACUACUCACAAGCAGACAGUCCAAGGCUGAUUCGAGAUUACUCAGGAUGGAUCCCUGUUCUGGUCUGUGCAUGGUUUUAUAAAUCUGAAAACUUUUGGGCGUACUGACCUUUGGUGUCUGUUUUUCAGGAACCCUUGCAAUAUUCAAAGAUCUGUGAAUUCAAGUGAAGGCCCUGCAUUCAUGUGCAGCUGGAAUCCCUGUUGCAGCUCAGGCUGUGAUAGGUGCCAUAGGCGGCACUCUGGGUGCAGCUGUGGUGGGACCAUUGGUAUGCAGUGCAGGAGCCACAGGUGCUGUCACAAGCCGAGGUAUCAUGGGAGCUGCUGUGAGCUCAGUUGCAAGGUUAAUUGGCAACUGCACUGCGUAAAUGCCCCAAAAUGCCCUUGAGAAAAUGUCGGGAUUUAUGAAGUCAGACAUAACAUUAAUCUAAUCUACAACCACAAUCGUGGACAGAUUUUCAUAUAUAAUAAUAAUUAUUAUUAUUAUAUUCUGCUGUAGAUUCUCUACUAAUCUAGUUUUCUACUUUAAAUUUAAUGUAAAUGUAAUUUUCUUUAAAUUGUCGUGGCUAGCAUUGUACAUCAACUUUGUCCUUGAGGGAAAAGCCUGUAACAUUAUGUAGAAUUUAGAUUUGUUUCAUAGUUAAUGGAGAGAACAUUACUUACUCUGUAUCUUUCCAUUUUAAAUAUUGUUGAAAUGUUUUAAAACAGUCUCUGUUUUGUAAAGCGCUACAUAAGGAAAAAUGUGACUUGAUUGAAGUAGUUUGCACCACUGUCAUAACGUUGGUGUUUGCAACAUAUUAAAAACAUUAUAGAUGCACUUCCUGGCUUUAUGCACUUUAUACAUUUGUUGUGUAUUUCUUUUUGGAUACAGUUUGUGGCAAUUUUUAACUAAUUUAGGGUGGUCUACAACCUGCCAUGUUAUUGCCUGACCAUCAGAUGUCACUGUGCAUAUUCUUAGUAAGCAAGUCUUUGGUAAAGCGUCUAACUCGUAUUUUGUACAGAGCGGAGGAAAGCUUGUUUUCAGGCAAACUCGCUUGUAGCUCGUUUACUACAUCACUACGAGUAAAAAGAGGCAUAAUUCGUGUACCAAAAACGUUUUGCUCGCGAGUUAUUGAUCCGGAAAAGUCGAAUCUGUGAAUAUCUUGCCAGUUUUACCGAACUGUCAAAGUUUAGUUGUCCAGUGGCUGAGGUUACGCAGUAAGCAAACAACAGAUGAAUCAGAGCAAACACAAGGUAUGUGUUUGUCUUGAACGGUCCGCAGUCCUCAAAUGUUCCGCUCUGUUUGUGUGUGUUUGUGUGUGUUUGUGUGUGUGUGUGUGUGGGGGGGGGGUCGGUUUCGGUUUCCUUUCUCAAGAAGUAGCCGCCCGCUAAGUUAAUAAGGCAAGCUCUCACCAGCAAGAGCGUCAGUGCAAAGCAAGAGCAUCCCGAAUUGCUUGAGUAAAGUCGAUUAAGAUGGAUCCAGUGACGCUUAUUGGAGCUGGUGUAGGAGCAGUCUUAACAGUCGCUGCAGCUCCUGCUGUUCUAGCAGCCGCAGGUUUCACCGGCGCAGGAAUUGCUGCAGGUUCUGUUGCCUCCUCUUUGAUGUCAGCUACUGCUGUCGCUAACGGAGGAGGGAUUGCAGCAGGAUCCGUGGUUGCAACUCUUCAAGCUGCUGGUGCUGCUGGAAUCCCUUUGGUAGGUCAAGCCAUCGUGGGGACUGUGGGAGCCGUGGUGGGUGCCGUUGCCAGUAUGGCCAGCAACUGCACUCAGUGACCAGUUCAUUUUAUUGAAUCAGUAACUAGUGCUGUAAAUGUAUCUCUUUAUAUGUUCAUUAUCUCGUUGUCUGUCAUGGUGAUCAGAAUCUCUUGAAUGUUGUUCUGUAUCAGUAGCCCUAGGUUUAGGUGUGUAUGAGAUCUUCUUUUAAUACACACCUGCGUUAAAGAUGCUGUUUUUAGCACUGACAAUAGAAAAAGAAGAAAAAACAUAUUAGAUCUUUCUGUCAUUUCUUUAGCUAUCAUAAACCAAUUUUGUGUUAUAAAAUGUUUCAUUGAGUUAGACUAACUGUCAUUAGGAGAAUUUUGUUGAAUAAUGAAAAGGGGUUUCUUCGAUUUCCGCACAAUUCUGUAACCAUAGGCACUAUUUUUCAUGUGGUCACCAAAAUAAAAGCUUAUAAAUAGGGUUCUUCGAAUGGGUUCUCCACCACAGGUUUCCUACAGAGGAUGGCUUUCUUAAGAGUCUUUUGCAAGCACCAUGUAUGUGUUUGCAAAUCGUUUUGUUUGGACCUGCACAAUAUGUAUGUAGAGACCUUGUUUAGUAAACCUAAUAAACAAUUGAAAUAAUGUG